AGCUAAAAAAGGGUAGCACAAAGCUGAUGCGUUUGAAGAAAAGGCAAUCAAAGUCUUGAAGAAAGCGAUGCGAACCUGUGUUUGAAUUUUCCAAGAUUGGAAAAGUCUCUCCCCUUUUGACAAAGUGAGUUAAAUUCUGGGCUAGAGGCAGGGCAAAGCAGUGGAUCUCUUGGUGCAGCACAACCGUGUGGGAAAGAUCAGGCGACUGGGAAGCGGGGAGGAAUGAGAAAUUAUCACUCCGGUUGCCCCCAGCCAUUGUUAGAUGGAUCAACAUAAUAGGCUUUGUAAAGUCUAGCCCCCUGGGUAAUGUCAUGAUUUUGGCUCCUUUGGGAACGUUUGCACGGCAGUGUUUCCAGCACGCCUUCCGUAGCGUUCCUCUGUAUUUUCAUUUGCCUCGGGGUAAUACCCCGAUAAUAACUUGCUGGGGUGAGAUGAAGAAAUUGGACCUUUGAGGCAGGUGACUCAGGAAGAAUUGCUUGGGUUUGUUCCGUGUCACCUUCACGAUUCCUGUCUUUUUUUUCAGGGAAGUCCUUUUAUAUACAGCUAUUUGAAUAAAGGCUGCAGAACCUGAAUGAGCACCCUCUGCAAUUUGACCAAAGGAGGGCUUAACUUCAUCAGCGAGUCUGGAACGAGUUCGGUGCAGAUCACGUUUGAAGAGGGUCCUCAGCUACCGCCGACCGCAAAUAUAAGUUGUGUGACGUGCAAGGGACAGUCGGACCACAGCAUGGUGCUACACUGCCGUCUGUCUGCUGAAGCUGUGAAGUUCCCCGUCUCUGUUACUCAGCAAUCCCCGGCUGCUGUUUCUGUGGACACCUAUCACGUCACUUUGGCUGUGCUGCAGGCUCAGGUGGAGAUCCACUUGGAGGAGAUACAGAACGAAGGUCUUCUGGUGUCGUGGACUUUCAAGGACAGACCAGACUUGAACCUUUCGGUUCUUCCGAGACUUCAGCUUCGCGAGAAGAAUGAAGGGAGAGCGGAUCUGUCCACCAUAAAGGAUUUGAUCGAGGAUGCCAUUGUCAGCACGCAGCCAGCCAUGGUGGUGAAUCUGAAGGCCUGCACCGCGGGAGCCAGCGCGGCACCCAGCAAUAAGCUGUCUCGAGAGUCCCCGUCCGGAGUAGCAGCAGCCCCUCUCGGUUCCAAGCUGUUGGUCCGGAAUCUUCGAGUGCUGAACUUGGGCUGCCAGGGGAAGGGAGGAGCUGGGGAGAUUCGCUGCGUCGUGGAGCUCGACAGCCCCCCGCAGCAGAAGCGGACGAGGCCAGCGAGAGCUGGCGGUGCCGGCGCUGCAGCAGAGAUGGAGUGGAAUGAGGAGCUCUUUCUGGAGUUGGGACCUAGAAGUAAAGAGCUGAAGCUACAGGUGCUGGGGAACAGUGACGGAGGGGGAAGUGUGCUGCUGGCACAUGCCAUGCUUCUGCUUGAUUCCGUGGGCAAACAACCGUCUGGGAGGCAGGUCUGCUCUCUGGCCCCAGGAGCUGGGCGGUCACUGGCGGCUGAAGCUACUAUUAUAUUGGAGCUGCUGUUCCAGGAGUCCACCGCAUCUUUGAACGCUCAGCAUGCUGCAUCUCUGCGAACCAGCAUCACCCCCACUAAGAAGGUGGAGAUGGACCGGACCAUCAUGCCCGACGGCACCAUCGUGACUACCGUCACCACGAUUCAGUCCCGGCCCAAGGCAGACUGCAAACUGGAUUCACCAUCGAGGUCGCCUUCCAAGGUGGAAGUGACUGAAAAGAAGACGACGGUGCUUUUGGAGAGCGGCUGCCCUCGCGGCCCCUUGCCCGGCAGUAGCCGGGAUAGCCAUAUGCCCAACGGCUUGGAUCCGGUGGCCGAGACGGCGAUCAGGCAGCUAACCGAGACGAAUAACAAGCCCGCCAAGAAGACUCCGACAAAACGUAGCACGCUGAUCAUCUCGGGAGUUUCCAAGGUACCUAUCGCUCAAGAUGAGAUGGCACUUUCUCUGGGUUACGCGGCAUCGCUGGAGGCCACGGCGUAUGGGGAUUCUGCGGCAGAGCACGUGGCCGACCGGAUGCGUGAUUUUACCGAAUCGUCACAGCUGCUGGAAGCGUCACCGUCGGGACAAAGGGCCAGUCAGGAGCUGGAUGAGACGACGCGAUCGGACAUCUCCGAGAGACCGUCGGUGGAAGACGUUGAGUCUGAAACUGGCUCCACGGGAGCCCUUGAGACCAGGAGCUUGAAAGAUCACAAAGUUAGCUUUCUUCGGAGCGGUACCAAGCUCAUCUUCCGGAGAAGGAGCAAGCAGAAGGAAGCGGGCCUGAGCCAGUCACACGAUGACUUGUCCAACGUCACCGCCAACUCCACCGCCGGGAAGAAAGCCGGCAGCUUCUCCCGCCGCCUCAUCAAGCGCUUCUCCUUCAAGUCUAAAUCCAAACCCAAAGCUGGUGAUGGCGCGACGUCGGGUGAGAACUGAAGGAGGGAGAAGCCCAUCGGAAAGAUCGCACAGAGGUCCUUUUCUAGUCUCUUGUCUUCCCGCUCCGUGGUAUCUGUGACCUGCAGUCCAGUUCCUUCCGACCUUGGCUGAGGGAAGACGCCCCAGUGCUUCGUGCCGUUUGAGGAGCAGAGGUGGUGGAUCUGAGCUUCGGCUGCUCGUCCGCCUUGGCGUAGCCUUUUCCGACUGUCGUACCCCACCGCGCUCUCCCAGAAAGUCCAGGCGGCAUGCGAAUCCCUGUGGGGAUCCCGGGAGCUGCGGAAGCGACUCUGCCUGUGUAGCUGGCAUCGCCGGGUGCAUCCUGGAAAAGCAGGGGGGCCUCUCGAGUGGCAACCCUCCGAGUUAAAGAUCGAGAAACUACCAGGUUAGCUACAUUGCCGAGCGAUGCGGGCUUCGCUUGGCUCGCUAGGCGAGAGCGAGUGAGGCGGUCGCUGGCUGUUUAAAUGCUCUCGUCGCUUCUGCUCGGGGCAGAGGCUGUAACCCGUGUUGUGGUGUGAGGCAACGCGUUCCUGGGCUGUGAGCUGUCAGGAGAACGAGCGGUGGUUUUCCACCCGGCUCUGCCACCGGAACAGUCUCCGUUUCAGACGGUGCUGAGGGAUGCCUCCUUUCAGUGCUGUACUGAUGGAAGAAGGAGUCUCUAAGAAGAAGGAGAUUUUAACCACUGGGCAAAUUUUUGUAGCGGUCCGGGCUCUUGCGAGAGCGUCUGGUCGGUACCGUCAGUGCUGCGACCCUGUAACAUGGCCCUCCUUCGGCAUCCAUGCUCUUGUACGGGGAAGGGGCUGUGCCACCCGCCUGCUGUUGUACGAGCGGAACUCUUUCCCUCGGGGGCAGUUGGGGCUGUUGCCGGCUGGGUGCCCGGCGGUCUCCCGGACCUGCGGAGCGCCUGGCCUCUCACGGUUCUCACGCCGAGGAAUGGGGCAACGCUAGCGAGAGGGCGAUCUGACGUGGAGCGUGAAGCCACGUGGUGGAAAGAGGCGAGAAUUUUCGUGUUUUUGCCGAUUAAAGGGUUUCUUGGAAUAGAGGGAGCCUUUCUUGAUUCCAUCUGGCAUUUCCUUUCUUCUAGCAAACCCAAUCCACCGUGUUCAAAUGGUAGGUGUUUCCGCCGCGGGUAUUUGCGGAGGGAGAGACGCGCGGGGGAAAAGCGACUCCUCGUGCAGGAGGAGACUGCCCUUCUAGAUGAACGGUUUACCGGUAUCGUGACGUAUGCAUGUUGCGACUAUCCCCGGGGGGAGUCUGGAUAGUCUAACGACACUCUUUGAGAAACGCUCACGCCCUGUCAGAAUACCUGGUUUUAAUGGAAGCUCCUGCUGUCCUGUGGGUUGUAGAGUUAAGUAGACGGGGCAAAGGGGAGGAAAACCCUCCCUGAAAAGCGAUCGCCUCAGCCCGGCGGGAUUCAUUAGCUCUGCUCCCCUGUUAAAGUACCUCCCGAGGUGGGGACCGUCACCUUACGUGGGAUGCGACCGAACGAAAAAGCAGUCGUUUUCUUUACGGUGCGCAUAAAACAACGUGUCGUGUUCUUCAGAAGGAGAAGUCCCAGCUUACUGAUAACAGCCAUCGCGUGCUAUUUCCCGAGACCUGAAUGUGUUUGUUAUGCCUCUGUGAAAGGAUAUACAGGCGGGAAUUUUGGGGCGUCUCUUGAAAGCAUCUUGUGGUAGAGAAGGCUGGAGUCGCCUGGGGCUAGAGUUGAAAGUGCCAGUGCUUGCCAGCCGGAAGGACUCUUUGUCCUGGUUGGGCAUGUGUGAAAAAUUGGACUGGUCUGGCUGGCUGACCGGUAACCUCUUCUCCGUCUGUUUGGUUUCGUCCGGGAGUCUUUCUGUCAUCCCCAAGCUCUUCUGUGUCUUUUAUCCGUUGUUUCUUUCCUCGUCCGCACAGUACCGUGGCUUUGUUUGCAGCUCCGUGCGCUGUUUCAUGCUGAAAAUAAUUUUCAUCGAUGCAAGCGACCAGUUCCUGCCGCGGCACUGCUGGAAGUUGGUGCUCUGCAGCUCACCUCGAGCGACCCGGCCACCGGUACUUCCUUUGCCGUGUCAUUGCGGCGUCGCGCACGAUUCUGUCCUUCGCAGAUGUGCCCUCGUUCCCAGGGCCUCGGGGUUUGGUUCCGUCCUCUGGCACCGUCCCCGCUACGACUCCGCCUCUGUCGCCAACAGUACUUGACGCUCCGUUUUCGGUUUUUCUUUUUUCCUCAAUACUAUGUCUGAGUUGCUUUGAAUGAGAAGCGCCGGUCUUGCUCGUAGGAAGGAGGCGACGGGAAAGCAAAGAGUAAAACCGGAACUUGAGUUCUUCACCGGCCUUGGGGUCCGAGGAUCCCGUUCUAGCUGUAUUAAAUGGGCAGUUCCUGCCAUACGUCCGUAUGAGAAGAAAAGAAAUCUCUUAUGUAUUUAAUCCCUGCUAGUACUUCUGGCUUUAGGACAGAAGAAAUGCUAUUUAAAAUCUGCUUUUUCCUGUUUAACUUCUUCUGGAUACCCACGCUCUCGCCUCGGUGCCGUUGCACCUCGGGGUCUGUGAUGUUUCGUUGUGCCUGGGACCACGGAGCGACCCCAGCACGCGGUGCGGGCCGCCAUCUAACGUUUUAGACUCGAAUGAUCUGCAGUCGCCAGAUUGUUGUCUCAGGGUAGGCUCAAUAUUUGCGCCUUGUGAAAUCGGUUCUUGAUCGAGUAUGUGGGGGAAGAAGAGCGGCAGAGCAGCGGGCUUGAACGCACAGAGACUUCCGAAGGAGUUUGGUCCUGCUUAUGAAGGCAGAUGCUGCGUUUCACUGCCGGCUACACGAGUAGAAACGUGACUGGUAAAUGAAGCCAAAGUAUAUAUUUUGGGGUUUGGCGGGGGGGGGCUUUUUUCCGUUGGAUUUUUUUUGGUGUGUUUUUUUUUUUCCCCUAUUUUGGCUGAAAGGAGUUACUGGAGCUCACCUAUGCUGGGUAUUUUUAUUUCUCUGAAGAAAAUAGAUUUCUCUAGCUGUAAGUAUGCUUGUAAGUAUAUUUCUGUCCAGAUACGUCCUCUCCCUGUGUUUUGGUAAGGCUUUUUAAGAGCCUCCCCGUCGAAGCGUCGGCCCGUGAGGGUUAUCUUCUUGAGGCGAGAGAAAACGGGCACGUGAAGAAAUGGAGGGAACCGCGAAACCUCAGUGUGUCGGGGAUGCCUUAAGCUUUAGCGUGAUGGGUGUCUGAGGCCCGGUACUCGGAGAGGGCGCUCGAAGGCCACGUGCUUGAGGGCAGAGGGAUCGCACGCGUGUUCAUACGCGCUUGGAAUUAGAGCACACUCUGCAAAUACCGGUCACGCUGCAAAGUGACUGAGGACGACGGGGUGAGCGGGAAAGCGGCAUUCCCGGCCUCUGUGGCAUCCACAGAAUAUUUAUUACAGUGACCUCCGCGGGGGCGGACUCGAGCGAGUCUGGCUUCUGCCCCUGCGAGCACCCUCCUGCUGUGAUGUCGAGCUGGGUUUUUAGGCAGACAAUUGGCUGAAGAGAGAGUGAGAGGAGCCUACUCGGCUAGAGAGCUAGUCACAGAACCGCCGAGCGGAGGGGAGCGUAACGAGAACUUCAAACUGACAUAAGGGGGCCACGGGCACGUGCCGUUUCUAGACUAGAACUGGGCGCGCAGCAAAGCUUACGCUUACGGUGUUUUCAUUCGGCUUUUUUUGUCUUUAGGGAUGCCGCUUCCUUCCUUACUCUCGGUUCAUUGUUUGCUAAACUUACAGAGAAGUCAUUUCUGGGUAGCUCUCGAGACGCUCGAAUGUUGGGCGGCCGGCAUUUGCGCCCUUUGGGGUCUUUUGCUGUGUUCUCCCCUCCUUCCCUCCCGCCCCCGAAGGCCCGGUGAGCGUCACGGCAGAGUAACGAUUGCAGCGGCGGUCAAACUUCUGGAAAAGGUCUUUGUCUGCUUCUAGAGAGGUGACUGACCGCUCCACGCCGCCUUUCCUUGCUCAAACAGGUACCGGACCAAAUACCCAUGCUGACUUUGAAUUAGCGCCUCUCCUUGUGCGUGCUCUUUUGUACUUUGAUGCCUUUUCUCUGGGUGGAUUCUUUUAACCCCAGAUGGUUUAGAGGGGGAAAAAAAAUUUGGAACAGUGUAGCUAUUUAAGAGGUAAGAAUAAUCUGACCUAUUUCAGACUAAACGAAUGAAGUUCUUGUACCUUUGUAAAUGUUGAAGAAUUCCAUUGCUGUGUAAUGGCUGAACCUGUUAACUUAUUAAACCGUAAGGAAAUUGGAA